CCUCCGAUGGGCCAUGCCGCUCCUCGACAAACAGACAUGAAGGGAAUCAUUGUUCUUGUCAUCAUUCUCGUUCACACUCACGGUCUUCUGUGUCUUAGAGAUGUGAUGCUGAAAAUCCCGAGAGCCGUCAAAGCCGGUUCUACGCUCCACAUCUUCUGCUACUACGAUCUUGAAGGGGUGCAGCUCUACUCGGUGAAAUUCUAUCAAGGAGACCAAGAAUUUUACAGAUACGUGCCGAAAGAAGCUCCUCCUACUCGAGUAUUCCCACUGCCUUAUGUACAAGUGGAUAUCUACGAGUCAAACAGCACUGUUGUCACGCUGAACAACGUUCAAAAAGAGCUGUCCGGUCUUUACAAAUGCGAAGUUUCUGCGGACGCACCACUUUUUCACACUGUCAUUCAGAGCACCCACCUUGUUGUCGUAGAGGAGCCUCGAGGUGCACCAGACAUCCGAGUUGAAAAACAGAAAUACACCCUUGGUGAGAGAAUAAGGGCGAAUUGUACAUCCAAGGCUUCUUUUCCAGCAGCCAAUCUCAGUUUCUUCAUAAACGACAUUAAGGUUGCAAAUAAUGAUUUGAUUGGGCUUUCCUGGUAUGUAAAAAGUGAACCUGCAGGACUUGAAAGUUCAUUGCUUCAGCUACACACCCUUGCAGUACCAAUGAUGUUUCCAGAAGGGAGAAUGCAGUUGGCAUGCCUAGCCGCACAGUACACGUUGUACAAGCAGAUGUCAUAUCUCACGCUUUACGAAGACACGCCACAACUUGCCCAUGUACUUGGUGCGUCCCUCCCUCACGACCGGCCAGGCAUAAAAAGCACAGCGAGCAUAAAAAGAGAACCAGUCGUCCUUUUGAGCAUAGUUGUAGCGACACUCCUAAGGCCAAGAUAGUGGGCAAGUGUUAUAUCAGUGUUUAACUGCUGUGAUAGAGUGUAAGAUGUACCUUGCCAAACAUUUUAACAACCUGCCCUCCCAUGACUUUAAAGAAACUGUCGGUUUUUCUAGCAAUAAAAGUGUAGAAAUAGACGGCAAUGUCAACGAGUAUUUUAAAAUUUACAAAAUACUCCAUUGUAGUACAUUUAUAAAAUGUUAAACAAUCUUUAAAUGUUGUUAUUAAUUAUACAUUAUGUGCCACAAACUAUCAGUGUACCUAAAUUAAUGAUAAAUAUAAGUUUUUUUUUAUAAGACACUAAUUUAAUUAA